UCGUCUCACUGAUCCCCAUUGGAGGUUAAUUUUAAAAGUCCUUGUUAAAGUCUUGAAGAGGCUCCAGGUGUGUUUUUAGAACUUAUUAAUUCAGAAAGGAACUUCCUGUGCCAGAUGGUGUUAAAAAUGACAAGAACAUGAGAAUAAACCAGCAGUAGAACCUUAAAAGUGUUUUAGCGGAGCCAGGAAGCCCGAAGAGGAAUAGUUUAAACUGCAGUGAGGAACAGUUUAAACUGCAGUAAGAAAUAGUUUAAACUGCAAUUCUGAAUGUGUUUCUGGUUUUUACUGAAGCUGCUCAGAAACAGAGACUUUAAGCUGAUUCUCUAACAUCAGAUCUGACUGGAGGUUCUGUUUUAUUCUCUGUAGAACUCUGCAGGUGUUCCAUUGACCUGCUACUGGGACGCCCCCUGUUGGCUCCACCAGGUGUGCUGUCACCACGGAAACACAGAGAAAGAGAAGACAGAAGCAUUGUUGCCAUGGCAACCUUGGACAUGGGAGGUAAGACAGUUUGGACAGGUCGUUACCAUGGAAACCAACAGAAGAAGAAACAAGAUGGGUUGUUCAGUCAGAAGACAGAUCAGACAGUUGCCAUGGUAACAGAUGGCGUGGCGUCGGAGCAUCCUGAACUCACCAGGAUGGAACUCAAAGCGCCCAAAACGAAACAGAUCAGGAAACCCUUCAUUCUGGUUCCCCAGGCCAGCGUCGACACCUGAUUGGCUCUCUGGAGAGACGACAUCACUAUCAUCAUCAUCAUCAUCAUCAUCAUCAUCAUCGUGUUAGUAGGUGUUCCACCGAAACAGAAGGCAUCAACAGGUGCAGCACUUCCGCCUCAGUACCGCCUCUGACCACAACGGGCCCAAAGGAGGCGCUGUUUCCCCGCAGCUGAUUUAUUCAUGCAGGGGUCGCUGGGUCAGUCUGACGGGUCACCAGGUGAAGAACAAGUCUUUAGUUCAUAUAAACUGCCAGUGGUUCCAGGUGGGUCCAGGGGUCCAGCUUCAGGGCACCUUGACCCGGGUGGAGCUCCAGUAGACGGGCUGAGGGACCAACACCUGGACGUGACACGUUGGACAUGACUGUUUCCUCCACAGCCACUCCUCGAUGCACUGCAGAGACACAUCACAGUCAGCCUCCCCUCUUCCUCUCUCCUCCCUGCGCCUCCUCGUCCCUCCUCUCCGCCUGCUGACGGCUGCAAUGUGGCAGGUUGCUCACCAACAGAGCGUGAAACGUUAUGGGAUGCUGGAGGAUUUUGUUUCCAUGGUUACCGAUGCCAUCCCCCAGCUGCUAACGGAGCGACAGAGGAAUCUGCUGCUGCUGGCUCUGAGGGCCAAGGUUCUUCAGGUGACCCUGUUGGAUCCCGACUCACCUGCCGUCCACAAACACCUGGACAGGAUCCGGUCUGUCUCCGGGGCAAUGCAGCUGGACCAGGAGGUUGAUGAACGUUGCUCUGCUCUGGUAACUCUCAGCAACAAACUGAAGCAGAGUCCAGCCGACACUCAGCGCCUCCUACAGGAGGUCUUCAACCAGAGCUUUGACUCGGCCCUCCAGUCCUUCAUAUCAGACUUCCUUUCCAGGAUCGACCAGAUGUUCCCCGUCCCAGACUUCAAGCAGGCGGCCUCUUGGCUCAGUGCUGCCCCUGCUGGCCUGGAUGACUGUCUGCAGGAGGCCGACAGGGAAGACCUGAGGGAGCUGCUGACCAAUCAGAGCAGUUUAGCAGGACGAGCCACCACCACAGGUCGGAAAUCACACACAGUUACCUGUGAUGCUGAGAAGACCCUCCUGUCCGCCUGGUCCCACCCCCUUUUCACCAACCUGACCAAUCCUGAUCCUCCUACCGCUGACACUGUCAUCCAAUCAGACGGCCCGGUGCAGCUGGAUGUGGAGCUGGUGAAGGUGGAGGUGGUGGUGAUGACGGAGGACGAGCAGGACAAUGUACAGGACGCUGUGAUUGGUCAGAACGAGUCACCAGGGAGCCCAGAGAUGCCCAAUGAGAGCUCAGCAGCAGACAGUAACGGAUGUCCAGUCACACAUGUAGGCCUGGAGGAGGACAGGUUGAAGGACUCACCUGGAAACUCUGCUGACCAAUCCAAGGUCAACCAAUCAGAUCAUUCCUCCUCUGAGGUCACAGCCAACGCUCUGUACAGCAUUUCCCAUAAUUCCCAGCGGGUGGCUCACAAGUGUCCUCAGUGUGGGAAAUGUUUCAUCUACCGCUCUCAGGUCAUUCGACACCUGCGCACCAACAAGUCCUGCGGUUCGUCCUUAAUGUCGACCGGGACCCUGCAGGGUGGAGCCAACGGCGGGGACAAAGAACCCCGCCCCCCGGAGCCCCGCCCCCCGGAGCCCCGCCCCCCCAGGACCCACUCCUGCUUCCAGUGCAACGCCGUCUUCAAGACCAAAGCCGAGCUGCUGUCGCACCAGAGAAGCCACCGGGCGCGUCCCGUCUACCACUGCGGCCAGUGUGACAAGGAGUUCCACCACCUGUCCAGCCUUACCAAUCACAAGCAGACCCAUCUGGACAAGGGAGGGUUUACCUGUAGCAGGUGCCAGAAGGUGUUCGAGUCGGCAAAGGAGAGGGACACCCACCGGCUACAGCACCGGCUGCCCGACCUCACCUGCACCGUGUGCGACCAGACAUUCAGCUCUCAGACCCAGCUCCUGAGACACCUGCAGACGCACUCAGUGGAAGGAGCUGAACCCUGCUACAACUGUCGCUUCUGUGACCAGACCUUCUCAGGUGUGACGCAGCUCCGUAUCCACCAGCGAACGCACACCUUCCGGUCGUACCAGUGCGACCAGUGCAGUAAAACGUACGGUUCCCUGACGGGCCUACACUCCCACCGGGCAAGCCACGGCGCCGACAGCCGCUUCCUGUGUCCUCAAUGUGGCAAACGCUUCAAGACCCGGGACGGCCUGGAGGGACAUCUGAGGACGCACACUGGAGAGAGGCCCUACCGCUGCCCCUACUGCCCCAAGGACUUCACCGCGCUGGCAGGCCUCAACGUGCACGUCCGGCGGCACACCGGAGAACGGCCGUACGUGUGCACGGUGUGCGGUAAAGGCUGGCCCUCUGGAGGCGACCUGCAGAAACACAUGAGAACUCACACUGGAGAACGGCCCUACGUCUGCCAGGACUGUGGAAAGGCCUUCUCCAUCUCCUGCCACCUGACGGAGCACCGCCGGAUCCACACCGGUGAGAAGCCGUUCUCGUGUCCAGAAUGCGGUAAAUGUUUACGGAGGAAGUUUGAUCUGAAGAAACACAUGUUGUCCCACAGCAACGUCCGGCCGUACGGCUGCAUCUACUGUCCAAAGAGCUACACCCGCAAAACCCACCUGAACAGACACCUGCUGACCCACAGGACUGCAGACAGCCAGGUGGAGACGGAGGAACCCUGAAUUCAACUCAUUCAGCUUCUUGGACCCUCAGCAGAUGUGUGGGUCAGUCUGAGAGAAACUAAAACCUGACAGGAUUUAAAGUUCAGGAACUCAUCAUGAAAGUGGAGCCAGAGUUUUGUUUUUGUUUCGUUACAAACUAUUAUUGAAAUGUCCAACGAACAGUAAUUAGAUCAUGAAUGAACAGUUUCGACCCAGUUUCUGGGUCAAGGUUCUUUAUAAAGACCUUCAUGGACGGAAGCUGAAUCCUCAGAAAUCACCAAUGAAGUUUCAGUUCAAGGUUCAGGGCUGCUCUAAAAAAUACAAAUCUGUCAGCAGAAGGUCUGAAAUAUCUGUAAAAUGUCCAAAUACAUCGGUCACAUAUUGGAAAUGUCCAGAAAGUAUCAGUCAAUUGAUGCAUAAAAGCCCAGAACUGCUUUAUUCCCCUGCUGAACAUCUCUGAGUGUUGAUGGGAUUAGAAUAAAGACACGGUUUCUAGAACAUCAGUGUUUAUUCAGCUGUAGAGGGAAACUUCUAAACACGGUGAGAUAAAACCAUCCUCAGACUGACAGCAGUUGCUGAUGCUCUGCAGGUUUAAAAUCUGAAAAUAGGUUUUAUAAAAGGUGAAUUCUAAUUAGUACCAGAUCACCACAGGGCAAGGUUUAUCAUCUGAACUAAUUAUGACGUGAUCAUUAGCGAGGUUCUGAUUGGACGGCUCACAGGAAGCAGGAUUGUGAUUGGUUAGUGAGGAUAUCAGUUGUGUUUAAUAAUACUCAUCUGUCAUGUUUGUGUUGAUUUGAAACUGUAAAAUGUUGUUUUGUGAACAUCGUGACUGAUGUUUGAAAGUUCUGUAUCUGUGCUUCUAUAAACAGAGAUUUAAUGAGA